AUGGAUCUUGUCAAGCACAUUGCUGCGCAUCCUGGUAGAGGAGGCCAAGCAGCGUACUUGUCUAGUUUGGAGGGUACAGAUAUGAAAUACAUGGUACUUCCAUCAUCAGAUGGAGAUUAUUAUGAGACAGAUUUAGAAGAAGAAGUUGUUCCUGGUCAAAACGAGGAUGGUGUAUUUGAUUAUUAUGGAUAUUACAAUGAUCAAAUCCCAGAUGACUUUGAACAUGCAGCUGAACAUGUUUAUGGAGACGGACAUGUAGAAGACGAAUAUGAACAUGAUGGAGAGGACGAUGAGGGUGAUUGCGAUGAUGAGGACGAGGAUGAUGAUGAGAAUGAUGACGAUGUUGAGGAUGAUGACGAGGAGGUUGUAUACAAUGGUGAGGAUUUGUAUGAUGAUGAUGAUGUUGAGUCAUAG